AUUACAGACAGCGUCUAUGUGAGUGUAUUUCUAUGUGCGGCGACCCGGAGCUUUCAUCGGGGUCAAACAGGCAUCCAGACGUUUUCAGGAAGCAAAAGUGGGGAGGAGUUGGGUCUAACAUUUGUUGUUGUUGUCACCUGGGCUGAAUCCAGACAGCUACCUGUCUGAAAGACUGUCUAGUCAGCGGACCAGCGGAGUGUUUUCUCGGUGUAGUUUUAAGUCUUCUCCCCAGCGGAUGAAUGGCAAUGACGGCAGUGAGAGCGGUGGCAGCGGGGGGCCCGGCGUCUUUGUCCCGGUUUAGAGGAGCGCUAGUGGCGGCUGUGCUGGGAGACUGUGUCGGUGGGGAGUUUGAAGGAGCAGAGGAGGUUCCCAUGGAGAGUGUGCUGCAGCAUCUCAACAGCCUGGACGACGAGACCAAAGGAAAUGGUGUCCUGGAGUACAGUGAUGACACGGCUAUGGCACGCUGUGUGGUCCAGUCUCUACUCACUCGUACAGGCUUUGAUGAGCAGGACAUGGCUCGCAGGUUUGCCAAGGAGUACAGUGCAUCCCCAGGUCGUGGUUAUGGUUCUGGAGUGAUCCAGGUGUUGAAGAAGCUGUCCUCCCCUCAGCUCAGUGAUGUGUACCAGCCAGCCAGGGACCAAUUUAAUGGUCGAGGCUCCUUUGGGAAUGGGGGUGCCAUGAGGGCGGCCCCCUUCGCACUGGCUUUCCCUGACCUGGAUGAUGUCAAAAGGUUCGCCCACCUUGGUGCCAUGCUAACCCAUUCCUGCUCUCUGGGAUACAAUGGGGCCGUGCUGCAGGCGUUAGCUGUUCACCUUUCCCUGCAGGGGGCAUUAGACCUUCCUCAGCAGUUCAUCAGCCGCCUGAUCACAGAAAUGGAGGAGGUGGAGGCCAAUGAGGCAACACGCAACGAUGCCAGAAUCCUUAAAGAAGCAGAGAAGCCAUUCUGUGAGCGCCUCCACAGGGUGAGAGACCUGAUGGGAAAGAGCAAGGUCAGCAUAGAGGAGGUCAUUAAUGAGCUAGGUAACGGCAUAGCAGCUCUCCACUCCGUUCCGACCGCCAUCUUCUGCGUCCUCCACUGCCUGGAGCCGAGGGAAUGCCUUCCAGAGAGCUACGGCGGCGUUGAGAGGACGAUAGCAUACAGCCUGGCCCUGGGAGGGGACACAGACACCAUAGCAUGUAUGGCGGGGGCCAUCGCUGGGGCCCACUAUGGCAUCGAGGCUAUCCCACAGUCGUGGAUAAAGUGCUGCGAGGGGGCAGAGGACGCACACGAGGAUGCAAAACGACUUAAAAUGCUGUACCUCCAGUCGUCACAAGGCGGAGGGAUCGGGAAGGGGGAACGGAGCGGAGAGGACUCAUCCGAAAGGCGGUCAAAGGCUUCUAACGGCACAGAAAAGAAAACCGAAGCCGACUGAUUCUAUAGCUGGAGUUUGACAAAAAGACCCGUGAACACAAACCCCAAUUACACACACUCUGUUACCAGGGAACCUUUUAUCUAGAACAAUCAAUCCAACACAAAGUUAUUUUAUUUGUCUAAACAGCUCAUAGGCUUUUCCUUUUCAUAAAUGUAUCAACAUGUGAUGAAAUAAAACAAAUCCCCUUCAGUUAGAAAACAGAAUAUUGAAGCUGAACAAGCUAAAAUCAUCCGAGUGACAACAGACAGAGAAGAGUGACAGUUUGAUAACUAUCACAGAUCCUAUACUUUAUAUUCACAGUACAUUAUGCACACACACAAACACUGACUUCUCUCAUGCCUGUGCCCCAUUCCUUUUCUCGUGUUGAACCAUCUUUUGUCAUGUGAAAGUUGCACUAUGAAUUGGCCAUGUCUUGUUCUAUCCUUUUGGAUAACAAUUAUUUAAUAAACUUUUUUUUUUAAUCCACA